GCAUGUUUGCUCACCCGCGCAACUACCUAGGUAGCUGGUAGAUCCUCCCUCAGUGCCACGGGAGGGAACCGCAAGGCGCGUUUCAGUCAUUCGAUGUCGACAGUCCCUGUUGCGAUCUUCAAGUUCGAAGACUAGCGGACAAUGAUGACCAACUUUGCAGGGGUCUUCGGCGUCCUCGCGAGCAUAUAAAGCAACCGGUUGUCGAGUGGAAAAGCCAGCUACUCCAACCCAUCCUCUUCAGCCACUCCCCGGAAAGCCUUCGCUCAGAAGACAAUGUUCGCCUCGUUCGCUCUUACGGCCCUUGUCAGCCUUGCACUGAGCAUGGUUCAUGCAUCGCCUUAUGGCAAUCCCGUGCCUUCCCCGAACGUCCAGGAGAUCUACGCCUUCCCUGUGAACACCUCCGUGGAGAACCUGGCUGUCCGGUCCAACGGGAACGUACUCGCCAGCGUCGACUCUGCCCCCGAGCUUUACCAGAUCUCCCCGUACGCUGUCGAUCCGAAGCCCGCGCUCGUGCACUCCUUCGACGGCUAUGGGAGCCUCCUCGGCAUCGUCGAGCUCGCGCAGGACCAGUUCUACGUCGCCGCGGGCAACUUCUCCGUCUUCAGCCUCGAGUCCGUGCCCGGCACGUGGUCCAUCUUCCACGUCGACCUCUCCUCGUUCGAGGCGCAGCCCGACGGCUCCAUCGCGUCGCCCGCCGCCAUCGAGAAGGUCACGGACAUCCCAGAGGGCGAGCUGCUUAACGGGCUCGGCGUCUUCUCCGCCGAGGAGGGCCUGGUGUACGUCGCGGACUCGGGCUCGGGCAUCAUCUACCUCGUCGACGUCGCGUCGGGCGACUACUGGCCGGCCAUUCAGGAUCCGCUCUCCAUUAAGGGCGAGCCCAUCCCGGACUACCCCGCCGCGAACGGCGUGCACUACGACGCGGACUCGCAGUCUGUGUACUUCACGAACGUCGCGCAGGAGCUCUUCGCUCGCGUCCCGGUCGCGGCGAAUGGGAGCCAGGCGGGGCCGGCGGAGGUCGUGGCGCAGGGCGAGCUGUACGACGAUUUCUUGUUGGACGGCGCGGGGAGCGCGAUCGUUGCGGUGUUCGGGAGCAAUGAUGUGAUUCGGGUGGAUCUGGCGAGCGGGAACAGCACGGUCAUUGCGGGCAGCCAGAAUGCCACGGAGCUCCAGGCGGCGACGGCGGUGGCGAAGGGCCGCACCCCGGUCGACAGCAACAGCCUGUACGUCUCGCGUAACGGCGGCAUCGGGCAGCCCACUGUGGUGGGCGGCGGCAUCGUAAAGAUCAACCGUGCCUUCUAGACACAUACCUUCGCCACAAUGUUCCUUCCGCCCCUCGUAGAGUUGAUAUUCUGUUACAUUCGCGAACGUACAUACAAUAUCUUUUCAUCUAAUGUCUAACUAUGUCAUUCACUCAAUGCAUGGCACGCUCCAGUCCUCC